AUGUUUCCGGCCGACCUCACGGCUUCCGUUGACGACCUGCCGUACCUGCUGACUUCAGCUCGGGCCAACAUCGACAGUUGCGUGGAGGGGCUGCAGGAAUUUGCGCCCGAAGCGCUUAACACGGCUCCGGGAGUGCGGCUUCAGGGGGAGGUCACGCUCAUUACAGUCACAGUCACGGCAGCCCACUCUUUCGCCCCUUCCGCAAGCGUCGCCCUUUUGGGGGACGACGAGCUUUCCGCCUCGGCAGGCGGAAGCUAUUCCGCCGACUACUCCGCUGACACUUCCGUCGAUGCUUACGAGUACGAUUACGCCUCACCCGCUCGCCGCCGGAUGACGACGGAAACGGGCCAAUCAGGCGACGGCGGCGCGCCUGAGUGGGUAACCCCGGGUAUUUUUGAGCACCUGAAGAGGAUUCAGGCGGCUCAUAUGCGCGGGGGGAGCGCGGGCGGCGCGGGUGAAUUGGGGGGCGCGCGGAGACUUCUCGGCCUGGAUGGCGCGGGUGUGGAUCAUGCUUAUGGCGGGGAUGCGGGUGAUUCUUACGAUGCUGUUGAUCAGCUUCGGAGGGGGCUUCAAACUUCGGGUUCGGGUUCAGGUUCGGUCUCCAGCAGCGUCGGCAAGAAGAGCCAGGGCGGGCAUCACGGCGCGAAUGGCGGGCAUCACGGCGCGACUGGUGGACAUCACGGCGGGAAGAACGGCGGGAAGAGCGGCGGGACGAACAGCGGGACGAACGGCGGCACGAACGGCGGCAAGAACGGCGGGACGAACGGCGGGAAGAACGGCGGCAAGAACGGCGGCAAGAACGGCGGGAAGAACGGAGGCAAGAACGGCGGGAAGAACGGCGGGAAGAGCGGCGGGAAACCUGGCGUGAAUAUGGGAGGACUUCUGGAUACCGGGGACUUCAAGGGCGAGUACAGCAGCCUGCUGCCGCCCCAGGUGGACGCGAUCGUCGCCAAGGACGGCUCCGGCACCCACAAGACGCUCACGGCUGCAAUUGGUUCCGCACCAAUGAAAGGCACGUUUGUUAUUUUCAUCAAGGCGGGAGUGUACGACGAGCAGAUUAUCUUCGACAACAAGGGGAUUGUCCUCGUUGGAGAAGGAAUUGGCAACACCAUUAUUACUGGCAAGAAGAGUGUGAAUGGCGGAUCAACCACCUACAACUCUGCUACCAUUGGUGCCAACAAGGGCAUGUUGACAGCACUCGGAAUAACCGUCCGCAACACGGCGGGGCCGGCGGGCGAGCAGGCAGUGGCGCUGCGAUCCAAGGACCUCUCGGCUUUCUUCGAGUGCGAGUUCGACGGCGCCCAGGACACUCUCUACCCUCACAGCGGCCGGCAGUACUUCCGCGACUGCCGCGUCGGCGGCACCGUCGAUUUCAUCUUCGGAAAAUCCGCGGCCGUUUUCGACCGUCCGCAAAUCAGGCUUCACCCGGACGAUCCGGUGAUUAUCACCGCGCCGCAGAACGACCCCAAGUACCCAGAUCCCAAGGGGAUUAUCAUCAGGGAUGCGGUUAUCAGUGCGGACGCGGGCGUCGGGAAGGCGUAUCUGGGCCGGCCGUGGACCAACACGGGGACUUCCAUUUUCAUCAACUGCUUCCUGCCCAAGGAGAUCCAACCUGACGGUUGGCUGACUUGGGACGACGACACCGUUAAGCUCGCCAAGAAGAACGGCGUCUUCUUCGCGGAGUUCCGGAGCACCGGGCCCGGAGCGCGCAUGCCGCGUGCCAGGUGGGUGUCGCCGCAGAGGAUCAGCAACCCCGCGAGAUUCACGGCGGAGGCUUUCCUUGGAUGGACGAACUCCGGCUGGGCUGGUGUGGGACAAGAACCUGACGUUGACAACAGCGGGAAGUAA